AGUCAGGAACAGCUGCCAUGUGAACGUGUUGCUUAGAGGGGGUGUGUCUAUGCAAAUGCGUCCUACCUCGUGUGUGUGUGUGUGUGUGUGUGUGUGAGUGUGUUUGUGUGUGCACGCGAGGACUGAGGAAGUGACAGUCGGCGUCUGUGGAGUCACACUGGCCCCCUGUUUCCUCCUCUCCGCUGAGGCCCCUUCAUUUGGCUCGCGGCUAGUCGGACUCCUGGCGACUCCCAGCUUAGCCUGCAAAUGGAGAACGUGUCAGCACCCUCCGAAAUAAACAGCGACUCCGAGAGCUCCAGCCACUCCAAGGAGGACUCAGAGGACUCUGAGCUGGAGAACAUCUUGGGUCAGCACCAGCACGAGCACCAGCACCACGACCAUCCUGACCAGCACGAGCAGCACGAGCAACAUGACCCCCAGCACCAUCACGACCAGCAGCAGCAGCAGCACGGCUCUAAAGAGGCCAACCCGUUCUGGUUUUCUGGCCACAGCCACCCCUCGGCCGGGGACAGUGAGAGCGAGGGCCUUGACAGCCCCCAAACUCCGGGGACGCCCACGUACUUGCGGCCAUCCGCCGCGGGCGGCCGGGGCCCUUUUGACGGCCUCCCGGACCAAAGGUCCCCGCGGGGCACCGUGGACUUUAGCCUGCCGUCACCCAUCAGCCCCUCGCGGCCCAAGAGCCCGUGGGGACGCUACGACCCCUAUGAUUCCACAGAGGAUCAGGAUAAGGAGUAUGUGGGCUUCGCCACCCUGCCCAACCAGGUGCAUCGCAAAUCUGUGAAGAAGGGCUUUGACUUCACUCUCAUGGUGGCAGGUGAGUCUGGCCUUGGGAAGUCUACCCUUGUCAACAGUCUCUUCCUGACAGACCUGUAUAAAGAUAGGAAGCUACUCAACGCUGAAGAGAGGAUAACCCAGACUGUGGAGAUCACCAAACACACAGUGGAUAUUGAGGAGAAAGGCGUCAAGCUGAAACUCACCAUUGUUGACACGCCAGGCUUCGGAGAUGCCGUCAAUAACACUGAAUGCUGGAAGUCCGUGGCCGACUACAUAGACCAGCAGUUUGAGCAGUACUUCCGGGACGAGAGCGGCCUGAACCGCAAGAACAUCCAGGACAACCGCGUGCACUGCUGCCUCUACUUCAUCUCCCCCUUCGGCCACGGUCUUAGGCCUUUGGAUGUGGAGUUCAUGAAGGCCCUCCAUGAGAAGGUCAACAUUGUCCCUGUGCUGGCCAAAGCAGACACUCUCACCCCCAGCGAGGUCAAGAAAAAGAAAAUCAAGAUUCGAGAGGAGAUAGAGCAGUACGGCAUUAAAAUCUAUCAAUUUCCAGACUGUGACUCUGAUGAGGACGAAGAUUUCAAACAGCAGGACCAGGAGCUAAAGGACAGCAUUCCCUUUGCCGUGAUCGGCAGCAACACAGUGGUGGAGGCCAAAGGCAGGCGGGUGAGAGGACGCCUCUACCCCUGGGGCAUCGUAGAAGUGGAGAACUCUGCGCACUGUGACUUUGUGAAGCUGCGGAACAUGCUGGUGCGCACGCACAUGCAGGACCUGAAGGACGUGACCCGGGAGACCCACUACGAGAACUACCGCGCCCACUGCAUCCAGAGCAUGACCCGCAUGGUGGUCAAGGAGCGCAACCGCAAUAAGCUCACCAGGGAGAGCGGCACCGACUUCCCCAUACCCAUGGUGCCUGGCGUGGCGGACAGCGAGACGGAAAAGCUGAUCCGCGAGAAAGACGAAGAGUUACGACGAAUGCAGGAGAUGCUGCAGAAGAUUCAGGAACAAAUGCACUCACAAAAAGAAGCUUAUUAACCAUGGCAUUCCCCGAACCCCCCCUCCGCGCACAUCGCUCCCAGCCAAGCAGCAGUCUAAAAAGUAUCCCACCACCCCAGAGACAUUGAGCAUCCUCCUCCUCCUCCUCCUCCUCUCAUGCAUCCUCCUCCGCAAUGUCUCACUAACAUAACCCACCUGGAUGAGCCUGAAGACUGAAGAACAGUACGUACAUAGACAUCAUUGUUGUUCCUGUUGAGUCUCUGUCUCACACUCGACUUGUCCAGCAUCGACUUCUACACUCCAUUUGUGAUUUGUGGAGACAUAUCUGAUUGUCAGACUCAACGCAUGAAGUGGUCUUAAUCAGUCCAAACCCCGCUCAUGGUAACAGACCUGUGGAUGCUGUCCUGUACAUGAAAAUGUAGACAAGACAUGGUUGAAGCCAUGAUGACCACUGUAGGUAUAGACAAGGAGAAAAUUAAAGAUACAGAUUAUAUUUGGUAGGUUCUGUAGAUUAAGAUAGACAAUUUGUGAGGCAUCCUGCAUAACAGAAGUGUACGACAUUUACAAUAGGCCUACUGACUAUGAUCAGCAGUGUGUGUGUGUGUGUGUGUGUGUGUGUGCACUCAGUCUGUGAGGUUAUGAGUGAGAGAAAUUGCUAAAGGUUGGCCCUCCUAUCACCCAAUUCACUAGCUUGCCAUUUUGGUGUAUAUGCACAAUGUAAUUCCCAAGAGUAUUUUGUAAUAGCUUGUUCUAUAGAAUGAAAACAGCAUAAUUAUUUAAUUAUUUUCUACAAUGUGAUUUGUUUGUAAACUUUUCUUUUUUAAAAAUAAUAAUGCCAUUGGAUCUUCUGUGUGUGCUCACUUUUGUUUAUAUUGCAUCAUAAAAUAAGAGGAGAAAUGCUUUUUUUUUUUUGCUAAAUAGUUUUAUUUUCUUAUCAACACAAAUGAAGUACUGUAGAACAAUAGUAGGCUAUUUUUCAUGGUAACUCGUAUAACUCGUAUUCAUAAAAGUUUUAUGUCUUUACUAAGAUGUCAAAUGCCUUGAUUUUUUUGUUUGGCCCCACGAUUGUUACAUGCACCAAGGGGCAGGCUAUUUUAAGCUCAUUUUGAAUGCAGGCUGUUGAAGCUCGUGGUUAGAUGUCAUGGGUAAACUUUGUUCUAUGGUCAUUUAUAAGCAAUGAUAUCGAGUCAUAAUGUGCUCACGUUUGUUUUUGUAAAUACUUUCAUAAUAACUGCCCUCGGGUCUACUGAAGAAAGGGCCAUUGUGCUAUAUGAUUUAACGCUAGCCAUAGGCUACAGUCUUUUUUCUCAGUUGUCACUUUCUCUCAGAAAAGGUGUUUGUUUUAUUUUAUAAUUUUUUAUGACCAUUAACAUAUGGAGGAAUUGAAAAUCCAACUGAAAAACAAAUCACAAAUGGUUUGAUGAUAUUCAUAUACAUGUACAUGUACAUAUACAGGUCUUCAGUUCCCCUGAAAAUGGCCAGUUGACAGGACCAUAUUUCAUACUCUCAGGCCCAGUAGUGAGGUGGUCAUUGAAACCUCGAUCCAGUACAUUUUAGUCCAACAUUUUGGAGAUGAAUAGGCAUUGUGUUAUUUUUACUGAGGGUUAAUGAUGUGACCAUAGUAGUAAUCUGAAUGAUUUGGGAUCGUCCUCUUUCCUGAUCGAUCACAUUUUAUUUGUAUGAUCAACUUUGUUUCUCUCACAAAAGUAUAGCUGUUCUAUGAUUUCCCCUGCAUGACAACUGGCUAUGUUGUCAAUAUGUGCUGUGUUUAAGAUGUUUUGUAAAAACAAAAUACAUUUUUGAGUCUAUAUUUAGUAUCAGCAUCAUAUUUACUAUUGCUGCAUUUUUCCAUAAACUUGAUCCCUGACCACUGAAGUUAUCUCUGACAGAGUAGCAGAAAAUAAAACACUUAUGUUCAGAAUGUAUCACUUGAAGAUUCACAUCAAGGUCAUGUCUGACCUUCAACCUGUUAUAUCACUCUAGGUUUCAACAUUGUUUCCUGUUGCAGUCUGAGCAUGCUUUCCAUUUCUUUUUUUUUAUUAAGAGGGAACAAUUUUGAUAAACCUUUAUGUGUCUUUGCGUAAACAACAAGGCUUCCAAAUGGUGUAUGCAGUUAGAAACAUCAGGGCCAGUGACAGUACACUUUCACUAGAGUGUGUUCUUCCAGGUCAUAUAGUGCUUCCCACAUUUACAAAUCAUAUUCUUUGACAACCUUUAUUUUAUAUUUUUCUCCCUCAGUGAAAGCAUGGAUCACCCUUUUUUCUUAUUCACUUCAUGGAAUAGAAUAUUGGUCAUAAGUGUAUGUAUUUUGAGAACAUUAUGAAAAGGCAAUGUAUGCAAAACCUUGACCAAAAGUCUAAUAAAUUAUUACAUGUUUGAAA